CUCACAAUUUCGAGGAUCAAUUUGCCUAUUUUACUUUUAUUGUUUAUUAUUCAUUGAUUGUUUUAUAAUUAACUUGAUUAACCAUUUUAUAUUUAACUAGAUGAGGUUGAUUUUGAUGUAAAAAAAUGAAUGAUUCAAAGUUAUAGUUUUUAAAAGAAUUAGACAACUGGUAUUAUUUUAACUGUUGUCAAUGGAAAAUUUGAAUACAGGAAUGGUUCUCUUAGAUGUGAGAGGAUACAAGUUGACUUAAUGUAAUAAAAAAGAGAAGGAAGGGAGAAAAAGUUAAAACUGACGACUAGUAACUGAUAACCUUAUUAAAUGGUGAAAUAUCUCUACAAUCUCUUAGUGUGUAUCCGACAUAAUUAAAUAAAACAACAUGUGUUAUUUGAAAUGGUAGCAGUCUUCAGAACCAUUACCUGUGGUUCGUGAGACGGUUGAUCAUAUGCUAUUAAUCUCCCUAAUGAAUUUCACCAACUGUGCAUAUUUGUUCUCUGUUUUAUUCAUUUUGUUUUGCUAUUUUCUAAAUGUUAGUAUUGGUACAAACACCAUCACAUCAUCUCAAUAUAUCAAAGACCCUGAAGCUCUAACCUCCAAAGAUGGUAACUUCACCUUGGGAUUCUUUAGUGCUAAAAAUUCUACAAACCGCUAUGUUGGAAUUUGGUGGAAGUCUCAAUCUACUAUCAUAUGGGUGGCAAACAGAAACCAACCAUUGAAUGAUACUAAUGGGAUUGUCACAAUAUCUGAAGAUGGAAAUCUUGUGGUAUUGAAUGGACAGAAACGAGUCUAUUGGUCAUCAAAUGUUUCCAACAUAGCAUCCAAUACCACUUCGCAGUUUUCAGACUAUGGCAACCUUGUCCUUUUGGAGAGCACAACCGGAAACACCUUAUGGCAGAGUAUUCAGCAACCUACAGAUACAUUACUGCCUGGUAUGAAACUUUCUGUCAACAAAAGAACAGGUAUGAGUGUAAAAAUGAAAUCAUGGAAAAAUCCUUCUGACCCAUCCAUCGGAAACUUCUCUUCUAGUACUAUUGAACGCCAACAUAUACACGAAGUGUUCAUUUGGAAUGAAACUCGAACAUCCUGGCGCAGUGGUCCCUGGAAUGGUGGUGUCUUCACUGGGAUACAGGCAAUGGCAAUGGCAUAUUUUUUUGAUUUUCAAGUUGGAGAUGAUGGAGAAGGGAGUACUAGUAUAUAUUACACUAUACAAAAUGAUGUGGGAUUAGUGAUCUAUCAUUUGAAUUCACAUGGAGUAUUAGAAGAAAAACGGUGGGAUGAUGAGAAGAAAGAAGUUCAUGUUACAUGGACAAGCCGAGAUUCAGAGUGUGAUGUUUAUGGUAUAUGUGGCGCAUUUGCAAUCUGUAGUUCAUCGACCUCACCAAUAUGCAGCUGUCUGAAAGGAUUUGAACCUAAAAAUAUACGUGAAUGGAAAAUAAACAACUGGUCUGGUGGGUGUGUUAGGAAGACACCUUUGCAGUGCGAAAGGGUCCACAAUAAAACCACAAGUACAAAGGAAGAUGGGAUUUUGAAACUACAGACGAUUAAAGUUCCAGAUUUUGCUGAAGGUUUAAUCGUUACACCUGACAUAUGCAGAAGCCUAUGCUUGGAGAAUUGCUCUUGCCUUGCAUAUUCUCAUGAUGAUGGGAUUGGCUGUAUGCUGUGGACUGCAAAUCUACUUGACAUACAACAGCUUGAAAUGGGAGGACUCGAUCUAUAUGUUCGUAUAGCCCAUGAAAAACCUGAUACAGAUAAGAGGAGAAACAAGACAAUCAUCAUUUUAAGUACAGUGAUAGUUGGCUCUAUCAUAAUUCUUAUUUGUGCAUAUAUCAUUUGGAGAAGGACGGGAAACCACCCAGCUAAACUGUGGCUUUUUACUAAAUCAGCAAGGAAAAAGAACAACAAAGCUUUCCAACAAUUUAAUAUAGGUGGAUCACCAAAUGUUUCUCCUAGUGACAACGUAAUUGGAGAAAUGUCCCAAGUUAAACUGCAAGAGUUAUUAAUAUUUGAUUUUGAGAAACUUGCAACUGCCACUAACAACUUCCACUUGUCCAACAAACUUGGACAGGGUGGUUUUGGUAUAGUAUACAAGGGGAAACUGCAAGAUGGUCGAGAAAUAGCAGUUAAAAGACUUUCUAAAGCAUCUGGACAAGGGUUGGAGGAAUUCAUGAAUGAAGUAGUGGUUCUUUGUAAGCUUCAACACCGUAAUCUUGUAAGACUUCUUGGCUGCUGUACUGAUGGUGAUGAAAAGAUGUUGAUGUAUGAGUACAUGCCAAACAAAAGUUUGGAUGCAUUCAUCUUUGAUCCAUCAAAAAAUAAACUCCUAGAUUGGAGUACACGGUGUAACAUUAUAGAAGGAAUAGCUCGAGGGUUGUUAUAUCUUCACAGAGAUUCCAGGCUAAGAAUUAUUCAUAGAGAUUUGAAGGCAAGUAAUGUCUUGUUAGACGAGGAGCUGAAUCCAAAAAUUGCCGACUUUGGUAUGGCUAGAAUCUUUGGAGGGGGAGACGAUCAGGUCAAUACCUCCAGAAUUGUUGGAACUUAUGGCUAUAUGUCUCCUGAAUAUGCAAUGCAAGGAUUAUUUUCCGAGAAGACAGAUGUUUUUAGCUUUGGUGUUUUGAUCCUAGAGAUUCUUACCGGGAAAAGAAACUCAAGUUUUUACGAGGAUGCACAUAAUCUGAGCCUUUUAGGAUAUGUAUGGAUCCAAUGGAGGGAAGACAAUAUCUUAUCUCUAAUAGAUCAAGGAAUAGAUGAUCCUAGUCAUCAUUAUUACAUUUUAAGGUACAUACACAUAGGACUUCUGUGUGUACAAGAAAUUGCUGUAGAUAGGCCCACUAUGGCUGCAGUGAUUUCUAUGCUGAACAGUGAAGGUGCAUUACUUGCUCCCAGUAAACCUGCAUUCAUCCUGAGGCAGAAUAUGUUGAAUUCAAACUGGCCUGAAGAAUGUAAAAGUGUUAGUUCCAUCAACAAUGUCACCAUGACAGAAACAUGUGGCAGAUAGUACACUAAGGCUCCAACAAGUUUUUGAGGUCAGUGGAUUUGUGGUCAAUGCUAGAAAAAGAAAAGUCAAGCAUAAUAAAACAUAUGCAAGAUGUUUGUAUGUUGAUAAUAGUAAAGAAGGGCAUGU